UUCACAGCAGCUGUCAUUCGGUGGUUUGUUGUGAUUUCGGUGUUCUGCGGCGAUACAGGCGUACAGGAAUAGCUAAUUUUACAUAACAAGUGGGAUUUGUGUUGUUUUCUUGCACGAUUUUGUUGCUGUCUGGUGUUUAACACACAUGCUGAAGCGAUGGCAUCGACAAUAGAAAACUUUUACAAGAAAACAACAACUGCUGGCAUGAAGGAAUGGCCACGCGACGCGGUGCUAUACCAACCGUACGAAGAGGAACAGAUAUUGCUGGCAGAAAAUGCAAGCUGCCUAGCCGUCCGUACCUAUCUGAAAAUGUUAAACCUUCCCGUAGCGCUCGAGCAGCGGGCUAACGCCGAAUUCAUCUCGCCCGGUGGCAAACGCACCAAGCUGCCGGUACUGCGCGUGGAAAACUUUAUCUACUCCGAGUUCGAUCAUAUCGUUGCGUUUGUGUUGGAUAACUUUAACAAAUCGCUUCACGCGCUCCUGUCGCCCGAGGAGAAAGAUCUGAUGCGUUCGUCCAUCUGUCUGGCGGAGCACAUUUUCACCAAUGCCGAGCAGUACGUGAGCUGGCUGGAUCCCGAGGUGCGGGAUACGGUUACGAAGAAGCGGAACGGGUGUGUGUUCCCGUUCCCGCUUAACUAUGUGCAGAACUGGCGGAAGGAGGGAGCCGUUAAGCGGCAGCUACGUUUGGCCGAGUAUCUGAAUGUGGGGCUCGAUAAGAUGAUUGCCGAGGUGGACAAGCUGUGCCAGAACUUGAGCGACCAGCUGGGAGAUAAACAGUAUUUCUUUGGCAACAACCCAACGGAAUUGGAUGCCCUCGUGUUUGGUCAUCUGUAUAGCAUUUUCACCAUGAAGCUGCCGAACAAUGUGCUCGCACUGACGAUCCACAAGUACAGCAAUUUGAAUCAGUUCUGCCUAAACAUCGACCAGACGUACUUUACGGCGAAGGAAAAGGGCAAAGGCAUGAAGUAAUGCUCUGAUGUUCGCUCUGAUGCUGGUGUAAAUAUACCGCGCGAGAUGUUCUUCUCUGUGCUGUUGGAUUUGUAGGUUUAAAAUGGAAGACUAAACACUGAAAGCUGGAA